GAAUUUAGUUAAGAUUAGGUGUUUUGAAAGAAACUUAGUUUGUUCGGUAAAGUGGACGAAAACAGUAAUAUGAAAAUACUUACGACGCUACUGUUGUUGGUGGUGGCCUCGCUGGCCCUGGCGAGGACCUCUGAGGAUGUGCCAGUGGAUCACAAGACGAUUAAUGAAAAACAACUCAAAACAUUAUGGAAUUCUUUGGACACCAACUACAGACCCUGUGGCGAUUUCUAUACCUACGCCUGUCAUAAUUGGUCCGACCAUCACAAAGGAAUUCAAUAUAAUUAUCACGGUGUUGCUGAUCUAUUGGGCUAUGAGGUCAACCUGGAAUUAAUGGAGUAUUUGGAAAAGACACCCGAAACAGAUGUGCCUAGAUUUGUGAAACUGUUUAAGGAUUUCUAUGUGGCCUGUAGAGAGACUCCAGAUUUUGAGCUAUUGGAUUUUAUACAUUGGAUGGAGAAGGAGGAAAAUAUGAAAUGGGCCCUAUUCACACCCGAUGAUAGUAAGGACUUCGUCUUCGAUUGGGCAACAAUUUUGGCCAGAUUCCGCAAAUAUGGUUUCAAUUAUAUUUUCCUAACAGAAUCGACAAUUUAUCAAGAUGCCAAUAGCUUCACAACAUAUUUGAAUAUACCCAAUUUUAAGGAGAUGUUUUAUCCCAUAAUAGAACUUGAAAUGACGGAAUACAACGAAACCAUACCUCUGCCUUGUGGAACAAUGAAUUUCGAGGAGCUGUGGCAAAUUCUUGGUCCAUUUGAAGAGAAAUUACUAAAAAUUAAAGCAGAAAAACAGCAGCAGCCAACAAUUUUAAAAUUCCAAGAACUUCCCUAUCCAUGGAUGCAGAAUUAUCUCAAGGCUUUGAUGGAGACCCAGGUCGUUGAUCCCAAUAUGAAAAUAAGUAUUGACAAUAUGGCCUACAUGGAAGCCUUGGAUAAUUUGCUGCAACAAUACGAUGCCAAAUUCCUGGCUCGCUAUGUGGAAAUUCGUUUCUUUCAAAUCUCCCAUAUGUUGAUCAAAAGUCCUUCGGAACAUGUCCACAUGUCCCUGGCAAGAAGUCUAUUGCCCAUGUCUGCCGAAUGGAUCUAUGAACAGCUGCAUCCCGAUUUGCGAGACGAGAUACCGAAAAUUGAACAAAUGUUUGAAAAUGUGGUGAAGAAUCUCAACAAAUCUUUACACAUGGAUGAAAGCGGAAUUAUACCCAAAGAAUUCUUCAGCAAACUGGAGACCAUGCGCAUGAAAGUGGGCUAUCUGCCCCAAGAAAAUACCAAGAAUCUUUUGGAUUCUUAUUAUGCCGAUUUGCAAAUGAAACCGAACGAUUAUUACCACAAUUUUUUGAAAAUAUUGGAAUUCUAUUACAAACUGGAACACAAGUACUUCGACUAUGCGAACUUUGCCAAGGAUAAGGAAUUUUUCUACAAAACUCCAAAAUAUGCCUAUAAUACCGAAGUCAAGCCGAUAUAUGUGGAUGAGUUGAAUCUUUUGAUUUUUCCCCUGGCCCUUUUCAGAGCACCCGAAUAUGACGCCCGCUUUGAGGAUAUUUUCAAGCAAAGCUCACUGGCCACCCUUAUGGGUGUGAGCUUGUUCGAUGCCAUCGCUACGAAUGAGGAUUUCCCCAACGAAUAUGUUGAAAAAAUAUCGGGUGUUAUAAGUCUUUAUACAUCCUUUCGGGUAUUUUUCUCAUCCCUUUCAACCGAUCAAAUUGCACGCUAUCAACAGGUCUUUGGCUUCUCUUCAGUUCGGGAACUCAAACGAAUGUUCUUUCUCAACGCAAUCCACUACAGAUGUUAUAGGUAUUCUGAUGUCACAAAAAAAUUUGUUAAUUUUGCCGUUGGGCAUUUGUCAGAUUUUGCCGAAGCCUAUGAUUGUAAAAUGAAUAACUAUUUGAAAAUGUUUUGAAAAAAAAUUUCUUUAACAGAUAAAUGUGAAAUAAAACAAGUAAAAAGACAUUAA